GGAGGAGGAGGGGGAAAGAGGAGGAUAAUCAGGGAAAGAGAAGAAGGAUCGGGGAGAGCCAAAAAGAACUAAGGCAGAAAGCAAGAAAAACUCGAAACACUUUUUUUUUCCUCUACGAGAAGAGAGCGCUACAUCAAAGCUGUGGGAGCGCUUUAACCCCUGCAGAGGAGAGACGAGGGCGAUACACCUUAAGAGUCAGAAAUGGUCUGAAGCCAGCCUACGGUUCAAUGCAAUAUUCUAAGAUAUUUCUUGUUUCCGCCACUUCAAACCGAGAGAUUACCGGCGGCCGCCGCCGCCGCUGCUGUUGCUGGGGUUGUCCGUCUGGAGGAGGUGAACGUUAAGGGGCCGCGAGAGGACGGGAAAAGCCUCGGAAGGAAAGAGAAGUUGUGUGGAGUGCUUGGCUGACGACGAGGAGGAGAAAGAGGAGGAAGAACCGAAGGAAAAGAUGGGCUGGAAGAGUGGCUGCUGUCCGGGACGAUUGGACCUGCUCUGUGUAUCCGUCCUCUUUCUGGGCUUCUUGAUGCCCAUGUGCAGGACUCGAAUGUACACCAACCACUGGGCUGUGAAGAUAACGGGGGGAUUCCAGGAGGCCAACAGGAUAGCUAGCAAAUACGGAUUCGUCAAUAUAGGACAGAUUGGCGCACUGAAGGACUACUACCACUUCUAUCAUAGUAGAACAAUUAAAAGAUCAGUUCUCUCAAGCCGAGGCACCCACAGCUUCAUUUCAUUGGAACCAAAGGUGGAGUGGAUUCAACAACAGGUAGUAAGAAAACGGAUAAAGAGGGAUUAUGAACUCAGUGGUACCCACUCUACUUAUUUCAAUGAUCCCAAGUGGCCAAGCAUGUGGUACAUGCACUGCAGUGAUAACACUCAUCCCUGCCAGUCAGAUAUGAAUAUUGAAGGGGCUUGGAAGAGAGGCUACACCGGAAAAAACAUUGUGGUCACUAUCCUGGAUGAUGGCAUUGAACGGACCCACCCGGAUCUGAUGCAAAAUUACGAUGCUCAGGCGAGUUUCGAUGUGAAUGCGAAUGAUUUCGACCCGAUGCCCCGCUAUGAUGCAAGCAAUGAGAACAAGCAUGGGACUCGUUGUGCUGGAGAAGUGGCAGCCGCUGCAAACAACUCACACUGUACAGUAGGAAUUGCAUUCAAUGCCAAGAUUGGAGGAGUGCGAAUGCUAGAUGGAGAUGUGACAGACAUGGUGGAAGCAAAAUCAGUCGGUUUAAAUCCCCAGCAUGUGCACAUCUAUAGUGCGAGUUGGGGUCCCGACGAUGACGGCAAAACAGUAGAUGGACCUGCCCCUCUGACCCGUCAGGCCUUUGAAAAUGGCAUCCGCCUGGGAAGAAGAGGUCUUGGUUCUGUUUUUGUUUGGGCAUCUGGAAAUGGUGGAAGGAGCCGAGACCACUGCUCAUGCGAUGGCUACACGAAUAGCAUCUACACCAUCUCUAUAAGCAGCACAGCUGAGAGUGGCAAGAAACCUUGGUACCUGGAGGAGUGUUCAUCCACACUGGCCACGACUUACAGCAGCGGUGAAUCUUAUGACAAGAAAAUAAUUACUACGGACCUGCGGCAGCGUUGCACAGAUAACCACACGGGAACUUCAGCCUCUGCCCCCAUGGCUGCAGGCAUCAUUGCUCUGGCACUGGAAGCAAAUCCGUUCCUGACCUGGAGAGAUGUGCAACAUGUUAUUGUUAGGACUUCCCGUCCAGGACAUUUGAACGCCGAUGACUGGAAAACCAAUGCUGCUGGUUUGAAGGUGAGCCACCUCUAUGGAUUUGGACUGAUGGAUGCCGAAGCCAUGGUAAUAGAAGCGGAAAAGUGGACCACAGUCCCGCAACAGCAUGUGUGUGUGGAAAGCACGGACCGGCAAAUCAAAACAAUCCGCCCCAACAGCGCGGUGCGCUCCAUUUAUAAAGCCUCUGGCUGCUCCGAGAAAUCCAACCACCACGUCAACUACCUGGAGCACGUGGUUGUCCGUAUCACCAUCACCCACCCCCGGCGGGGGGAUCUGGCCAUCUAUCUCACUUCACCCUCAGGAACCAAGUCCCAGCUGCUGGCCAACAGGUUAUUCGAUCAUUCUAUGGAGGGAUUCAAAAACUGGGAGUUCAUGACUGUUCACUGUUGGGGUGAAAGGGCAGCAGGUGACUGGGUCCUCGAAAUUUAUGAUACUCCAUCUCAACUGAGGAACUUCAAGACUCCGGGCAAAUUGAAGGAAUGGUCCUUGGUUCUGUAUGGCACAUCUCUCCAACCUUAUUCACCAACAAAUGACUUUCCUAAAGUGGAGCGAGUGCGCUCCAGUAGAGUGGAGGACCCCACGGAAGACUACCCUCCAGAUGAUUACACAGGUCUGUGUGACCCUGAAUGCAGCGAAGUAGGAUGUGAGGGUCCAGGACCAGAUCACUGCAAUGACUGCCUACACUACUACUACAAAUUGAAAAACAACACUCGAAUCUGUGUCUCAAACUGCCCCUCGGGUCACUACCAUGCGGACAAGAAGCGCUGCCGAAAGUGUGCCCCCAGUUGUGAGUCCUGCGUCGGAAGCCACAGCAACCAAUGUCUCACCUGUAAAUUGGGCUACCAUCUGAAUGAAGAAACCAGCAGCUGCAUCUCUGACUGCCCUAAUGGAUUUUACCUGGAUCUCUAUAAAAAUGUAUGCCGGAGAUGCAGCGAAAACUGUAAGACCUGUACGGAAUUCCAAAACUGCACAGAAUGCAGACACGGCCUGAGCUUACAUGGAUCCAGAUGUUCUAUCACCUGUGAGGAUGGGCAGUACUAUAACGGCAAGGACUGUGAACGCUGUCACCGCUUCUGUGCCACAUGUGCUGGCUCCGGAGCAGAUGCGUGCAUAAACUGCACAGAAGGUUACUUCAUGGAGGAUGGGAGAUGUGUACAGAGCUGUAGUAGUGGUUAUUUCCCUGAUCACUCAUUGGAUAAUGGAUUCAAAUCCUGCAAAAAAUGUGAUGCCAGCUGUUUGUCUUGUAACGGUCCUGGGGACAAAAACUGUACGAGUUGCCUAAGUGGAUAUCUCUUAGAUACAGGGGUCUGCGUCCUGGGAGCGAUCUGUAAGGAUGGGGAGUACGUCGAUGACAGCAGCCGCUGCUGGUCCUGUGAUGAAUCCUGUUCCAAGUGCCAGGGCCCAACCAAAGAAGACUGCAUCGCUUGUCCUGGCACAAGGAUUUUUGAUAAUGGCCGCUGUGUUGUGCGCUGUGCCCCAAAGAAAUUCGAGUUUGACAAACAAUGCCAUCCCUGCCACCACACCUGCCAGGAAUGCCAGGGAAGCGAGCCCUUCAACUGUACCUCAUGUGGCAUAGAUAAGUUUAAAAAAGAACGCUUCCUGUACUUGGGAGAGUGCCGAGAAGGCUGCCCUCCAAGUUACUAUCACUCAGAGAACACCUGCCUACCUUGCCCAGAAAACUGUGAUGUGUGCAGCGACUCUGCCUCUUGUAUCCGGUGCGUCGGUGGAUACAAACUGCUGACAGACAAGACCUGCCAGAAGUUAAAAUGUGGACCAGGCCAAUCCCAGUGCCCUGAUAGAGAGGAGUGUGUGCCCUGGGAUGAGGGUGUACUGGGCUGCUCUGUCUAGGAUCCAGAAAUCUGCAAAUCAUGCAAUACCGGGUUCUACUUAUUUGAAAACCAUUGCUAUAAAACCUGCCCUGAGAAGACCUACAAUGAAGACUUCAGUUGUCAAGCAUGUGGUCAGAAUUGCCGCAACUGCAACAAAAAUGAGUGCUAUGAAUGCGAAAUUGGCUUUUAUCUUUUCGGGGACAGCUGUGUCAGCGAAUGUGCCCCGGGUUCCUUUAACGACCUUGAAAACCAAGAGUGUGAACCCUGCCACCACACCUGCAAAACCUGCAAGGGACGCCGGAAUGAUGAAUGCAGCAGUUGCAAGGGGGUUAUGCAGCUCGUGGACGGGAAGUGUUUGACUCCAUCCAAGGUCCCAAAGGGAAACACGAUCUUGUACGAUGAUGAAAUGGUGCUAAGAGCCAAGAGACAGAGAGGGCUUGAUUCACCAAAUGAUUACACAUCUUUUCAACUGGACUACGCAUUUUGCAAGCUGAAAUCAGGUCUCUGUUCAGAAGUGUCGAUGGCUAGAAGCCUUAGCCAGCCUGACCCAAUCACAGAAAUUCUUCAGGGUCUCAUACCCGACAUCAGCAAGCUUAAAUGCUUGAGCAGACUCCCCUCUGCUGGACGCAGAGAGAGGAAACAGCGAGAGAUCCAGAAUACUGAUCUUGUAACCUUGGCAGCUGAACAAGGGAAAACUAUCUUUAGAGCUCUCCCAAGGAUAAAGUAUGGCUCUGUGGACCUACUGUUACCCAAAUGGGAAACCAGGAGACAAAGCAUCUUGAAAAAAAUUUAUCCCUGUCACUCUUCCUGUAAAACUUGUAAUGGAUCUACCUCGACAUGCAUCUCAUGCCCACAAGGAAAGUUUCUUGACUCCCAAGUCUGCGUCUCUUCCUGUCCCCAAGGAACCUGGUCUUCGGAGAUGAGUGGGAAAUGUGAGAGGUGCAUGGAUGACUGUGUCUCAUGCACAAGCGCUACCCAUUGCCUCCAGUGCCUGUCUCGUCUAGACCAUCCGCUCUACCUGCACCAAGGAAGGUGCUACACAAGCUGCCCUGAGGGCAGUUUUGCAAAAACUGGCAAUUGCACAAAAUGUGACCCGAUGUGCAAGACUUGUGAAGGAGAUGCCACCAACUGCCAGUCAUGUGACCAUCAACUCCUCCUUGAGCAGGGGAGGUGCAAAGUCUCCUGUUCUGAGCGGCAUGUCGCUGUGGAGGGUGUCUGUAAGCGUUGCCCGGAGAAGUGUAAGGAUUGCAUUCAUGAAGAAACAUGCAAAGAAUGCUUGCCCAAUUUCUUCCUGUACAAUGAUGGAUGCCAUGAAAAGUGCCCCUCUGGCUUCUACUCUGACUCCCACAACUGCUUCUCCUGCCACGAGGACUGUCUGGAAUGCAGUGGGCCAGAAGCUGAAGACUGUAACCGCUGCAGCUCAGAUUCCUUUGUCCUAUACCAUGGGCAAUGUUUAAGUAGGUGCCCGGAAGGGACUUACUUCGAAGAAAGAACUGGAGAUUGUAAAGAUUGCCACAAGACCUGUCACGCCUGCUCCUCAGCUUCGACCUGCAGCUCCUGUAAACAAGGCCUGGGGAUGAACAGUCAGGGCAUCUGUCUCACACACAAGGACUGUUCCCAUUCUGAGUACCGCGAUACAGCCACAGAGACCUGUAGGCCUUGUCACGGGAAAUGCUUUCGCUGCACGGGCCCAGCUGAGGAUCAGUGCCUGAGCUGCCUAGGAAACUGGCAUCUUCUCAAUACAACCUGUGUGAAAGACUGCCCUGCUGGUUAUUAUAAAGAAGAACACCGCUGUUCUGCCUGCCACAGCACUUGUGAGACGUGUAAUGGACCGUAUAGCACCAAGUGCCUCUCCUGCCGGCCGGACUCGUUGCAACUGGGAAAUCAAUGUCUGCAGGUCUGCAGGGAAGGGUAUUUCGCUGACAACUUCAGCAGAAAUUGUGAGAAAUGCAACAAGAGCUGUAAGACUUGUUUGGGGCCUCAGUCCACAGACUGCCUGGCUUGCGAUUCGCAUUUCUUCCUGUUGCGCUCCAAAGGAGAGUGUACCCGUGACUGCCCUGAGCAUUUCUACAAGGACCUGAACACACACACCUGUGAGAGAUGUCACCCAACCUGCAAGGAGUGCAGCGGAAAGGGCCCACUAAAAUGCUUAUCCUGCGUGUGGAGCUACAAUUUCAUGGACGGAAUAUGCAACUCGGACUGCCUUACAGGAGAAUACAAUGUGGGAGAGAAGGAAAAAUUGGAGUGUGAAAAGUGUGACGAGACCUGCAUAGAGUGCAAGGGUCCUGGACCUCAAAACUGCACCGUGUGUCCUGCUAACAUGAUGCUCCUUGGAGAUGAGGGCCGCUGCCUGCCCUGCUGUAAUAGUUCCAGCCCCGUGAAUGCCCUGGAGUGCUGCGACUGCUUGGAAUUCCUGGAUGAAUGUUUACUCAGAACAAGCCCCACUGUGCCCAAAUCAGAGAGUUCCAAGAAGACGACUCUGUUCGUCAUUUCUUCCAUCAUGCUGGUCCUCCUCCUAGGAGCAAUGGGAUAUGUAUGGAGGAGGUCACGAGCCAAAGCUCAGUCAGGUAACAAGACCAGGUAUGAGAAACUGCCAGACCACAACAAGACCUACUCCUCCUCCUCCUCCUCCUCCAAGAACAACCUACACGAGAGCACCAGCUUCCAGGAGGAUCAGGUGAUAGAGUAUAGAGACCCAGACUAUCUAGACGAGGAGGAGGAGGAUGACAUCGUCUACAUGGGCCAGGAUGGCACGCUGUACCGCAAAUUCAAGUAUGGACUGCUAGGUGAUGAUGACGAAGAUGAGUUGGAAUACGAUGAUGAGAGCUACUCCUUCAAAUGAACUGGGGCAGAGGAAUAUAUUUUUCCCCUGUGGGUUUUUUCUUUUUUGUCUUUUUGACAUUGAAUGCAGUCCAGCACUUGUAGGUAUCUGCCUAGGAUCACUCAGCUUAGAUACAGAUCAACAUUCAUUCACCUCCAACAGGAGGAGAGAGAUUGAGUGGUGUAUUCUCCAGGGCAGGAAGCCCUAGAGGGAAAACCGAUAAGUUGUCUCCGAGCUAUUGCAUGUGAUAAAACAGCCUCUUGUGCACCAUUUCCACACUGUAUAUAUGACUUGUGGGUGGUUUCUGGGACCUGCUUCAGGGCCAACUUUUGAAUCAAUUUUUCUUUUAAGCGUCUCUUUGCUUUUAACUCCCUUUGGUCCCAUCUUUAAAUUGACAGGAUCGGGAAAGAAGCCCCCUCCCCCGCCUUCCCUCCACAUAUCAUGACCACUUCCACCAGGGCUGGAUUAAUGCUGUUGCAGAGGAGCAACUGGCCCAGGCCCCAUAUUUACAGGGGUUUCUAAGACUGGGCCAGACUAGAAAAUCCUGGCGGGCCAGUGUGAACUCACAGAAGCUCCUUUAUUUCAACUAUACCAUUCUGUCUUGAAGCCAGCUGGGAGAACAACACAGAGGAAAUUUUAAAAAAAGGCUCCUCAGACCUCUCCUCUUUCCCUUCCCUUGCCCCUCUCUCAGGUCUGGCCCUGAGUGUUCACAGUCCUGCCCAGCUCUGAGCUACCAGCACCCUUAAUCCAGAUGCUGCUGCCCAGUUGACUAUAGAUAUAUUGUAGUGGGCAGAGAACAUCUGUUUCUGCCUGAACAUCAACCUGUGAUAACUGAUGGGAUGUGUGUAGCACUAGAAACUUUUGGCUCUAACAACAACAAUCACUA